AAACAAUGGCAAUGGAUAUCUUUUUGUGCCAAUAAAGUCAAUAAAGCCUUAAUAUUGGCAUUACUAGUAUACUAGUAAAUUAAAAAUUAGCGAUGUUUUUUCCUCCAUUUUAUAGUGUUCUAUAUACUAUUUUGAACUUCCUAUAAAUUCAUUUACAAUAGUAUUUGGUAAGGUAAAUUAUAGUUUUGCGCAGGCAAAUGGCAUGGCAUGUAUUAAAUUUUAAAAUAUUUCAAAAACAACAUUUUUAUUCAAAUUGAGUAAAUGAGUUUUUCUCAUUUCAAUUUGUUACUAGUAAUUUAGUAAGCAAUAGUAAUAAUGUUAAGUCCUUCAACUUUUGUCCAUUUUGAUUUCCCAUCUAAACUCCAUACAAUUCCUUUCCCAAUACAAAUAAGUAUUGUUUAUAUUAUAAUUAUAAUUAUAAUGAAAUAAAUUAUAUUUUACUCCUUUAAAAAAUUUAUUAUAACAGAAAUUUAUGGACCUAACUAUUUAUGGACAUGGAAAGAAUAUAACAUUAAACUAAACUGAGUUGAACAAUUGCCACUACAAUCAUUCUACAGUACAGCAGAGUAGUAGGAUCUCAAGACAAGCACAGUGACUAUCAAGUUUAUAAAGCCAAAGCAAAGCUUCUGUCAAAGUCAAGCUUUGCAGCAUUUGAAUAUGAUAAUUAAAAUUAAAUUAUUCAAAAUAAGGUUGAUAAUAGUUUAAGUUUAGCAAUGGAAAGUUCUGAGUCAGAUGACAGCACUGAUGCCAACCAUGAUGAAGAUAAUUUAAAUACUGAAGUACCAUUAACAGAUUUUAUGAACAAUGAUAAACUCUCAGUGCUAAAUCCUCGAGGUAUUCAAGAAAAGGGUAAACAAAAAUAAUAGUAGUAGUAAAUAAUAGUAGUAGUAAAAAAUAAUAUUUUAGAUGUAUUGUUAUAGUCUGUAUAGAACUAUGUUAAUUAUUACUAUUGUUGAAGGGCAUAUAAAUAUAUUUUGUGUCAAUCCAAAUAAAUAUAAAUAUAAGUCAAUCAAUUACUAUGAGUCAUUAUGAAUGAAAACAAGCACAAUUCAAAUUGAUCUGAUUAUAAUUAAUUAACAUGCAGAUGAAUGUGAUGAAUUCCUCUAUUCUAAUUAUUGGUAGUAAUAAUAUAUUCUUUUUCUAUUAUAGUAAAGUAUCUACAGAUGAAUUUUCUAUCUUUUUCCUUUUUUUUUGCGUGGUAAAUAUGCAUAAACAGGACUGUUGUAUUAAAUAACCAAAUCUUAUUUUUUAUAUUUAUAUACUUCAUUUUUAAAAAUAAAGAAUCUGCGCAGAAGGAAACCAAGGAGCUUAACUCAACAGAUGAUGAUAAUAGAGGAAAAAGUAAAUCCAUUAAGAAAAGGUUGGUGGAUCCAAUAUUGCAUUUUAUAUUUUCAUCAUAGGUGCUACAGCCCAUUUAGGGCCCUGGCCUGUUCCACCACAUCCUUUCACUGGGAUUGAUCCAUGGCUUUAUAUCUUAAUGCAUGGACCUACCAGCUGAUGUAACCCCUUCUUUACAUCGUCAAUCCAUCUCAGGCUUAGUCGACCGGUAAGCCGUCUUCCCCAGGUUUCUACCUGUAGAUAACUUUAGCCGCUCUACAACCGGGCCUUCUCUACAGUGCAGUCUGCCUUUUUUAAUUGUUGCAAAUAUUGGUGGGUCUUUAUAAAAUUAAUACAUAUCUGCAUCCAUCCUCAUCUAUCACCUGACCAUAUAUUUUUUUGAGGAUUUUCCUCUCCCAUGGGUUGAUGAGGUUCUAUGCUUUUCUGGUAAGGGACCAAGUUUUACUUGCAAAAUUAUAACUGGUCUUAUAAGUGUUCUCCUUAAAAGGUUUUUGCUUCCUAGUAGCUUUUGUGGGCUGAAAUAAGAAUGGUUGUCUACUGUUAUCCUUUCUUUCACCUCCAUGAUAAUUUCAUUGUGCUCAUUUAUAGUAGCUACAAGAUAUUUGAAAUUAGCCGUUCCUUCAAAGGUGUGUUUGCUUAUUUUGAUGUCACCAGUUUGUAUGUGUUGCUGCAUUAUCAUUUAUUUUGUCUUCAUUUCAUUUACUUCAAGACCAGCUUUAAUUGAGGCAACUUCAAGUUCCGUUAAUUCAGUGGUUCUCAACCUAUCUAAUGCCGCAACCCUUUAAUAGAGUUUCUCAUGUUGUGGUGACCCCCAGCCACAAAAUUAUGUUCGUUGUUACUUCAUAAAUGUAGAGCAUAUGUGUUUUCAGAUGGUCUGAGGCGACCCCUGGGAAAGGUCGUGCGACCCCCAAAUGGGUUGCGACCCACAGGUCGAGAACCGCUGCGUUAAUGCUUUAAUUAUGUCAUUACUGUUUCUGCCCAGUGGCACUAUGUCCUCCACAUAUACCAGGUACUGCAAUGGUUGGCUAUAUAAAGUUGUGGUUCUGUAAUGCUUCUCUGGAAGUAGUUUGUGAUAGUUCCACUGGUGCUCACAUGUAUGUUUCUCAUAACUUUUUCUAAUGUGAUGUUCAACAGGAUACCUGAUAGUGUGUCUCCUAGUCUGGGGCCCUGAUUAAUUUGGAACUCCCUCGAGUACUUUCUACUUUUGAUUCUAAUUUUGGAGUUAGCCAAAGUCUUAUGUAUAAGCUGGGUCAUUUUGUUUGGGACUCCAAGUUGCUGUAGAGCAUCAUAUAUUUUGAUUGAUAGAUCAAUUGAUAGUCCUCUAGGAUCUGUUCACAAUACCUUUCCAGUUUUCCUGCAAUUAGUUUAAUGAGGAUUUUGUAAGUUACAUAAGUAGGGAGAUUCCUUUAUAAUUCGUGCAGUCCAACGUAGAUCCUUUCUUGUGAAUUUGGAUUUUGAGUACACCCAUUCUUUUGGUAUUUCUUCCUCCUGCCAGAUUCUGGAUAUGAGGUCAUGUAUUUGCUGAUGCAGUUUGGUGCUGCUUAGUGUUAUCAUUUCUGCAGUGAUUAAAGUCUAUUCCUAGAGCUUUGUUAUUUUUCAUGGUAAAGAUCACAUCUUUAGUUUCAUUCAGUGUUGGUUGGUUGAUCAAUGGGCCCGGUCUUUUUGUGGUAGAUCAUAAUUCUCAUUGGCUUCUCCAUGUGAGCCAUUUAGCAUCCCUUCAAAAUGUUGUGCCUGUCUCUCUAGUACCCUAAUGGACUUUGUGAUCCGUUCUCCAUCCAUACUUUUACACAUAUCUGAUCUUGUUUGAAAUUCAUUCUUUUCCUGUUUUAAAAGUAUAUACAUUCCCCUCACAUCUGUUUCUUUCGCCAACUGGUCUCCAAGGACUAUUUUAUCAUGGCAGGGUACCUCAUCAAAUAUUCUAUCAAGUGUUUCAUAAAAAAGUAUCUAUAAUGCUGUCAUCUGCAGCUUCCAUUGGAGCAUGUGUGCAAAUUAAUGCUAUGUUAAGCAUAUUAACUCUUAUCCUUAUGGUUCUUAGUCUUUUAAUCACUAUUUUAAACUAAAUGACUACAUUUACUGUCCCUCUUUUGACUGCAAAUCCUGUUCCUAAGCUGAUGGUGUUUUUUCCACUCACUGUAAAAAGUUGUAUAUUCCUUAUUACUUUGUAUAUUUGAGUCUUUCCAUCUAUCUCCUGCUGUGCAGCAACAGUGAUUCUAUAUCUUAUCAAUUCAUCACUGAGGGAGGCCAGCGCCCCUGCUCUGUUUAAGAACAUUCCAGGUCCCCAUCCUUUUAAUGAUGUCCUUGUCCAGGCAUAGGUCGAAAUCCAAAGGGAGGCGCUCAUUGGAAGAUCAGUAUCUCCGCAUGAGGCAUUUUAUAUCUUACUUAAAGAAAAGGGAGGAGAGCAUUUCAGAUAAAUGUUAGAUUGCCAUAAAUACAUAUUUACACCUAGGGAUGCACUUCCAUGGCAAGCAAGGAUGACAUUUUUAUUAGCAGAUUUAAAAAGCUGCAGAAUGAAAGAAAAAUAUUUAUUUCAAAGAAAUUAACUCAAAUACUCUACUUGAAAACUGUAAUAAUCCUAAGGCCUACAAUUUGGUAAAAUUUCAGUGUAUGCUACAUCUGAAUGAAGCUCCAGAUUUGUCUAAAUUGACCUACAUUUAUCCUAUGAAAAGCAUAUAAAAAAUAAUCAUAUAAUCUUACAGCUUACUUAUGCCGGUUAAGAAAAAUACUGAAAGCACACAAAAAAAAAAAAAGUGUAGAUCUUAGCACCCAAGGUUUAGUUUAAAAUAUUUUUGUAUUCACUUUAUAGAUCUAAAAAGAUUCUAAAUCAGGGGUGGACAAACUUUUGUAACUGUGAGCCAAAUUCAAAAGGUAACAGAGGCAUGAGAGCCAUAAAGGGUGAAAGACGGUGGUUGGGGCAUUUUACCCAUUCUGAAAAAUGUAAUUCUACAACAAGAAGAAAAUGUCUAUCCUCAGAAAAGUGAGAUUUCACCAGAAAAGCAAAACAGCCCCAUAAAGUAGUAACUUCUGCAAUCAAAAUUAUAAAUUAAAUGUUAAUUUUUGUUUCCAUUUAUAUGAUUAUUUACAUUUUUUAAAAAGGGAGCACGUGCCAUUCAAAACGGAGGUAAAAGCCCACUAUUGGCUCCGUAGCCAUAUUUUUCCCACCACUGAUUUAUACCAUGACUAAGUCAUUAUUGUCGCUAAGGGAGUAAAUUUUUUUGGUAAAUGAUGGAUAAUUUUUACGCUAAGGAAGUAGUUUAGAUUUAUUGUGUUUCCAUCGUUCUAAAAAUGUUUGUCUUGGUUUUAAAAUAUGUAUUUAUUUAUGUGCUGAAAUUGACUAUGUACAAUGUAAUAAAAAAGCAUCUCCAUUUAUUUGGAUCAAUAAAAUAAUCUUAUCUUAACUUAUCUUUUCUUAUCUUAUAAGUAGUCUCAAAACUUUUAAUCUAUGUUCAUACAGAAAUUUAUUUCAUUUAGCUGUCUUAUAUUAAAUUAUCAGCAGUUAAAUACCGUAUUUAUUGGCGUAUAACACGCACAGGGGUAUAACAUACACCAUUCGAGCCGCUAUGCGGUAUGUACUAUGGGUCCUUAACAUUAUAUCUCAGGGAGAAAAAGUGCGUGUUAUAUGCCAAUAAAUACGGUAAAUAACAAAAUGCUUUUAAGAUGUAUCCCAAAAGUAUUUUUUAAAAUUUCUUGCAGGCAUAAAAAACUGAAGAAGUUGAAAGAGUCAAGAACAACUUUUGAUGGUCGCAAAGUCACGUUUGUAACAUACUUUACCCAAACUGACUGGAAAUGGAAAGAUAAUGUUGAGACAACUGGAAGGGGCAGAAUAUUAUCACCAAGCCAAGGUAAGAAUUGCAAUUGUUUUACAACUUUAUAAUGAGCCAUAUACAACUCACAAACUUAAAAAUGUAUAUAUAAAGAAAUUACAGACAACCAUUUAAGAGAUUCAGCUCUGUAUGAUUUCUUUUUAAAGAAAACUUUUAGGAAUAUUAUUACAUUAGCUUAAUUAUAAAAAUUCUUUUUAGAUAACAACACGUAAAAAUAAAGCAGUAGCUUUUUGCAUGGAAUGAAAAUAGAAAACUCAUCAAGAAACUUUAACAAAGAUUUAUACCCCUCAUGAAAAUAUUUUUCAAUAAUAAUUUCAGAAUUAAGAUCUUCAUCAAGUUGCAAUAUUUCAGGUCAUAGGUCUCAGCUUGGUAAUAAUAAACAAACUUGAUUUUUCUGCAAGAGCUUCUCAAAUAUAGCAUAGUUUCAUUACUGACUAUUUAACAAGCCAAAGAAAAAAAACUUUGUCCAUUUCAUUAAAAUUUAUUAAAUAAAUAAAAGUUAAACCCUUUUGAGUGCUACAAAAAUCGUUUCAGAAAAAGAAGUGUAUGAGAACAGUUACUAAUACUUGUAACAAUAAAAUUUGAUAUUUAUUAGGUCCCAUUAAAUUGUGCUAAUUUGGUUUGGAUACAAAACAUAUCUUUAAAAAGUAUGCAGUCCAAUGCCUGCAAAUAAAUACCAUGUUAAUAUUAAGAAAUUAUAAUAUUUUUUUUCUAACAUUGUUAUUGAAAGUUGUGAUGUUUACUAAUACUAAUACUUAUAUCCAUUUUGCUGCUUUGUUUACACACUCUGCCUUAAUCGUGUGUUAGAAGUUAUUGCUAGGUUUCUCUACAUUUUUUUAGCUUAAAUACAUUGUAGUGUAAAAACUGAUCAUGUAAACUUAUCAUUUGAUUUGGAUCCACCAAGUAAGAGGCUUUCUUUAAGGGCAUCAUCAUUGCUCCAAGUAAUAUGCUUUCACUGGGGGUAUUAUGGUGGGACUUACGAACGAGCAAUAUACUCUCUUAACUGUUUAAGUGUGAGUCCCCACAGGUUGUAACAUGCAAGCACACAUAAAAAAAAAGAAUAAUCUGAAAGCUAAACUUCAGUAAUUUUCUCAUGAGAUUUACCCAUAAAAUGCUACAAAGUACAUCCAUGUAACACAUAGUAAUAUGUGAACUAAGAGCAUUAGAGGGAACAUUUGCGUUAAGAUGAUAUGUGUUAUAAAAUAAUAUUUAAGAAUGUAAAACAUGAAAAUUAUUUUCUCUCUUUAUUUUUUUUUAAAACAACUAGAGCUUUUAAAAGGGCUGCCAGUGAUAUGGUAUGUUUUUUUGUUUGUUAACAAUUUGCUCACAGAAAUUGCCAGAAUUACAUUUUCCAACCUUUCACCUUGACCUUUCAAUGUUUUACUUUGUUAUAUCCUUUCAAAGGAAUGAUUCACCUUGUUGUCAUUGAUAUAUUUUCAUUUUUUUAAAGCAAUAGCUUUUCACUUUUAAGUAUGAUAUCACAACCAUGUUUUGUGCAGGCCUGCAUUAGUACACUUGGUACAAUUUUGAGUAAUUACAUUAGCAUGACAUUAACUCAUCUCAGGUAACAAAUUUUUUUUAGGAGAGUGGGGUUGGUUUGGGGGGGGGGGGCUUUCUCUAAAUUUUCUCAGUACAUUCAACUCCCGAUAUAUUUUUUUUUGUUUUAGUUUUCUUUUAAUUGGUCGGACUUGUGUGCACAUUUAUUGUUGUUGGAAUUUAAAAAUUGUGUCAUGUUUCACAGACUUUUUACUCCGGCCCGUCUGAAUUUCUUAUGUUAAUGGUUUAGCAGGAUUGAUUCUGUGAAAGCUAUGUUUCAGAAAUGUAUUGAUCUUAAAAUACAUUAAAAUUAAAUGUAGAAUAUAAGCUUAUAAUUUUCUCCUUUGAGUAGUUUUGUGCGCGUUUGUGCACCCAUAGUUUCUAUUUUGAAGAACUCGACUGAAAUCCAUUUAAUAGAGUUGAUUCAAUUUCCAUAGCCCAAGUCUCCCUGGUGGCCCAAGUCUCCCCGGUGGCCCAAGUCUCCCCGGUGGCCCAAGUCUCCCCGGUGGCCCAAGUCUCCCUGGUGGCCCAAGUCUCCCUGGUGGCCCAAGUCUCCCUGGUGGCCCAGUGCUAACAGGCCUUUUCAGUUACAUCAGAAACUAACAAAUACAUCGAAUAAAUUCAAUGUGUGUUAUGAUAGUCACAUAACUUUAACAGAGCACUUAACUAAUACGUGCUGAGUUGAUAUUUAUGAUGCCAGUGCUAGCUUAAGAAUUAUUUUAUCAGAUAUUUUCAUUGCUUUUAUUUUGUUAUCAAUAAAGAUUCACACUACUAUUAGUUCACUCUCCUAAUUGAAAAAAAAAAAAGAAUUAAGAACAAUAAUUACAUGAUACUGUACAAUGGAUAGGGACCUUGUGAUUUAGAUGACCAUCUUUAGGCUUCAAAUUUCAUUCCUUAUGAGACCUUAGUGUUUAAAAUGCCUAAUGUUUUAGGACCCUAGGGUUUUAGGUGCCCAAAGGGUAGAGACAUUAGGGUUUAGUGGCCUGUUAUAGGUUCUCAUGAUUUCAAAUGUAAACACAACUUGAGAAAAUUAAGUCCAUGAUUUUAUUCCAUGAGAACACCAAGUCCAUGAUCUUAUUCCAUGAGAACACCAAGUCCAUAAUCUUAUUCUAUGAGAACAUCAAGUCCAUGAUCUUAUUCCAUGAGAACAUCAAGUCCAUGAUCUUAUUCUAAGCCUCUAAGUCUUAUUGUAAGCCAGCGUAAGACAUAAAAAACCAUCUGAAUCACACCAGUUACUUAUCCUAAUCUGUUUACCACCAGCCAAACCAGACUCUCGACAGACCUCCGGUAAGACUCGUACGGAAGAUGGCAGUGUCGUGGAUGACAGAACAGUGACGGACUUAUCUCCCUUUUCUCUGCAGCCCAACGAUGAGUUUGGCCUGCCCAUAGAAGAACUCAGCUCUGACUCUGACGUAAGCUUUAAACUUUAAGACUUAUUCGCCGAGAUGAAUUUCUUUAAUAAGUAUUUGUAGGUGAAACUUUAUUUUUAGUUAUUUUAUAAUGUCUUCAACAAUGAAUUCAUUCGUUCAUUUGUAAAUCUCCAAUAUGGUGGGGCACAGACAGCAGCUGUAGGGUAAAAAUCAUAGCUUUAUGAGACAACCCAAUAUUAAAGAAAGGAGAUAACUAUAAAGAUUCAGGGAAAUUACAACUUAACACUGGGCAUGUAGGUCAAAGGUUAACCAACUUGCUGUGUGCAUUGAUAUUUUUUUUGAUUUGUGUCCCACCAUUUCAGACAACAGAUGGAGAGUCCCCAAAGAAAAUCAAGACAAGGAAACAUAAUUUCCCCAUUGUCGGUCCACCUCUGAUUCUAAAAGUAAGACUAUGUGUUGGCUUGGUACAACUUCUUUGUCUGUUUUAGAAGUUACCACUGUCUGUGUCUGUCUGUAUGUUAGGUCUGUGUUCCAGAAUCACAAUAGUAUACUGUCAUACUUGUAUUUCUAUGGCACUGAUCAUAAGAAGUAACAUCAGGUCCUUAAAAUUUUGUUUACUCAUAAAACCACACACACACAUAUGCAUACAUAUUUUUUUACAUCUAAUGACAGAAUUUAAAAAGUGUUUAGUUGAUCUGGUAGACACAGAUUUUAAGAACAAUUAUGCUUUAUGGAAACACAUCCUAUGAGAAAAGUUUUUAAAAAAAAACAACCUUAUCAAGUAAAUAAAUCUUGUUGUGUGUUGCCUGGAUGGCUCUAUACCAUGCCAGCAAUGCUUGCAUCUAAGGCCUGGAUGGCUCCAUACCAUGCCAGCAAUACUUGCAUCUAAGGCCUGGAUGGCUCCAUACCAUGCCAGCAAUGCUUGCAUAUAAGGCCUGAAUGGCUCCAUACCAUGCCAGCAAUGCUUGCAUCUAAGGCCUGGAUGGCUCCAUACCAUGCCAGCAAUGCUUGCAUCUAAGGCCUAGAUGGCUCCAUACCAUGCCAGCAAUGCUUGCAUCUAAGGCCUGGAUGGCUCCAUACAUGCCAGCAAUGCUUGCAUAUAAGGCCUAGAUGGCUCCAUACCAUGCCAGCAAUGCUUUCAUCUAAGGCCUGGAUCGCUCCAUAUCAUGCCAGCAAUACUUUCAACUGGAUGGCUCCAUACCAUGCCAGCAAUGCUUGCAUCUAAGGCCUAGAUGGCGCCAUACCAUCCCAGCAAUGCUUGCAUCUAAGGCCUGAAUGGCUCCAUACAUGCCAGCAAUGCUUGCAUAUAAGGCCUAGAUGGCUCCAUACCAUGCCAGCAAUGCUUGCAUCUAAGGCCUGGAUCGCUCCAUAUCAUGCCAGCAAUACUUUCAUCUAAAGUCUGGAUGGCUCGAUAUCAUGACAACAAUGCUUACAUCUAAGGGCUGGAUGGCUAAAUACCAUGACAGCAAUGCUUACAUGUAUAGCCUAGAUAGCUCCAUACCAUGACAGCAAUGCUUACAUGUAAACUGUUGCAGCAUGGAUGAUACUGUGAGUUUGUGAGGAAUGGGCCCGUACUUAUGGUCACGCACCAAGUGGUAUUGGUGUUGUUGUGACUGGUAUGGGGCCGCUCCUCUUUGUGAAGGUUCACUAGUCCAGGUGUUGAGAAGUACAACAAAGAAAACACAGAAAAGCUAACAAAUGGUCAAGCAAUUCCUCAGCAACAGUUAUAGAUCGAAGAUAUAUUAAUGAGCAUAAUUUAACAAAUUCAUUAAAGUUUCUUUCCUAACUCUAACACUUGACUAAUAGUCUAUCACCGGUUCUAUCCUUGACUACGUCUAGUACCACUGCAUCUACCACCUCAUAAUGACCGUCCACAAAUCUCUCACCCUCCCUUAUGUCACAAAGAGUUCUAUCUUAUAUACAUUGCUCUACCUCCCUAGGUGGUCCAGGAAUGCUAGCUAUUAACCCAUCCCUACCCCUCAUUUCUGGUCAAUUAGGAGCUUCCGUCACUAACACCAUAAUUAUCAUGUGAAGUCUGGAAGGUCAGAGACAUAAUAUUAUGGAAAGAAACAUCCCCUUAACUCAAAGAUGCGACAAUCUAUUAAAAUUACCCCAUCCACCUCACAAUUCCCUCCUCAAAAAUCACAGCAAUUUCUGCCCACCCUAUAAAUUAUCUGAUGAACAAUGGCUUUCUGUUGUUGACCCCCGCCCCAGUCAUUUGUAACAUAAACCAACUAAGCGGGCCAUUCUCUUGUUUUCGACACUGGUUAUCAAUCUCUUCUUUAAGGCUAAGUCCUUACAAAAGUUUAAUUAAAUUGUUACGCCGCUCAGUUUUAUCUUAAAAUAGUUUUUUUAUUCAUAUUCACCAUCAUCCAUUUUUUUUUUUAAAAACUAAAAAAUAUUCCUUUAUUGAAAAACAUCCAACAAAAAAAAUUAAAAUCAAUCUGGGGGAAAAAAAUGGUGUAAUGAGUCCAUGUGACAAGUCAGUUGCCUCAUUGACUAGUUGUUGUUUAUCUGUGAUUAAACUGUCAGCACUGCACGACAUAAUCAGCUUACCUGUACAUCAAAAAAUCCUCCUGUUGAGCCGCCAGGAGACGUAGCCACUGGAAAAGAAUGUUCAUCACAUACAUUGCAUUUUCAAAACACCUUCUAAUUUUUCAAGGCCAAAGGUCACCACAUACCAUAAUUGCCCUUGGAUGAGGAGAAUGAUUAUUUUAAUGUAUAGAUUCUUAGCAUUUAUGCUUAUAACCAGCAAUGCCUUAAACAGAAGUUCAUCACUUGAAACAAAUGUGAUCUAGUAUCAUUGUGAAAGUUCCAUUGUCUUUCUACAUAAACUCUGUCAGUAGUUUUUAUGUAAUGUAAAUUAUCAACUACAAACUUUUCAGUAAAUUGGGUCUUUACCUGCCUCAGGGAUUGCUCCAUCAGGUAAUUUUACACCUGUUUCAGUCUCUGGUUCAUUGGAUAAUUUUAUACCUGAAUCUACCUCAGAACUGUUUUGCUGUUUUGUAAAAACCUCAUCGGUUCUUGUUUGUACUUCCAAGCCACUGUACAGUUCCAUGUAGCCAUGAAUCUGGUCAACAACCGUUUUAUUUAACACAGCACUGGCCUCCUUCUGUUUCCCUUCAGCACUGGGGACAUUUUGAGCAAGUCUUACACUGGGAUUCUCCUGCCCAUCUGGCACUUCCUUUUCCAUCAUACCCUAGAAAUAAUUUUCCAACACUUUUUUUUUUCAAAUUCUGAUUAGUAGCAUGCUUGUCACAGUGAAUGCACCACUCAUAGUUUAAUUUCUGUCACAUUAAUGUAAAACCAAUCUACAGUUUCCUUAAAUCUCUGCAAGCUCAAGUUUUACCCAAAGCCUAAGAUCAAUCCAGAGAAUUAAAUAUUGAAUCAGGUCAAUACAAAUUUCAUACAAAUUUUAUUGUUCAAAAUCAAAGAAUUUAUAUUAUACAUGGUAAAAUUUGAAUUUUAACAACUAGAGCCAGAAAUAAUAUCCAUAAACUGGUGUGAUCACACAUACAAAAACAAAUCAGGACAAGUAUCUACUCUAGAGGAAAGUAAGGUUGCAUACAGGGGUGUAUCUGAUAUAAAAAGUAAGACAAUUUACUGAGGUGUAUCUAGUGUAGGCACUGUUUUAAAAGUAUAAAAAUAAAAAAAACAAAACAAACUUGCAUUGCAAAAAAAAAAAAAAAUAACAGUUGAAACAAGUUACUGCUCAUGACGAAGCACAAGGUCACAAAGGUGUUUCUAAUUUGAGAACUUAAUUUGCAUAAAGUUGUGUAUCUCUCAUGAACAGGAACAUUACAAACUGUGGCAUUUAUAGUGUUUUUAAUAACUCAUCAGACUAAACUUUAAAUAGAAAACAGCUCAAAUCAGCUGAAUUACAGCAUGUCCUACAACCAAAUAUGGUUUAAUUAAAACAAUAUCCUUGAUAGAUGACUUCACUCCCCCCCCCCCUUCCCGAAACAAUGGUAAUGCAAGCACCCACCAACCAACACUUCACUUGGAACAAUAUAAAAAAAAUAAUAAAAGCUGAAUUACAGCAUGUCCUACAACCAAAUAUGGUUUAAUUAAAACAAUAUCCUUGAUAGAUGACUUCACUCCCCCCCCCCUUCCCGAAACAAUGGUAAUGCAAGCACCCACCAACCAACACUUCACUUGGAACAAUAUAAAAAAAAUAAUAAUUUUAAUCUUUAGCAGGCUGAAAUGUAAAAAUAAAAAAAUAAAAAUUCUGUGCAUUUUAAAAUAUACAAAGGAAAAAAAAAAGUACCCCCCCCAACCGCCCCCGGGGGGGAGCCACCCCCGUUUUUUUUCCUAGAGGUUUGUGGAGACACCUCUGUUAAGUAGCAUUUCCAUUUUUUAUAUAAUCUCAUGUUUUCACUCUCCAUAAAGUGGAUUGUGUUGUUGAUGUAUAUAUAACUUUACAAAGUUGGUUGUGUUUUAUCACCUGGUCUUUCGGAUGCUACCCAGAGGUCAAGUGCUCAAUGUUAUCAAUUUCAGAUAACAGUGAUGGAUACACUAGCUAACACAUAUUUGUUUUUGUCCAUCAAAAAAUUUAUCCCGCACAGCGCAGCACAAUUUGUGACAAGAAAUGCAUGGCAUUCCCUUGAGUAAAUUUAAUUAUUGUAUUUAAUUUUUUUUUAAACCUUAACAGAAAAAUGGUAUAUAAAGUUUAACCAGAAAAUAUUUGCAAUUUCUGAAUUAUUUUAUUGUAUCCUGUGAACCACUUUUUGACUCUUGGCUCUUGUUUAUACAAUGAUCUCAGUGACUCUUAGUUAUUUAUUUUUGUCAUUUAUAUAUUCUAGAAAGCUUGAGACCCAAUAAGUUUUCAUAAUAUGACGUCGUUGAUGAGUGAUUAUUUGUAUAGCGCUUGUCUCCACCCAUGCUAUUCUGGCAUGCUCAAAGCGCUCUGAUGUCAUAAAAUCUAUUUAAAGAAAAAUGUCUUUAAAUAUCUCUUAAAUGUUUUUUUUUUAAAAUCAUUUUUAAUUUCCCUCAUAGCAACAUACAUUUGUGUUCAUAUUGUACCCACUAAAAAUAAAAAAUAUUUUCAGUACAUUCCCGAGUCAGAUUUGCCAGUCCAAAGGGAGACAACUAAAGAAACUGAAGCUCAGCUUGUGAAUCCGUCAGAUUAUGUUCUGGAUGAAUAUGGAAAUGCUGUUGGGAUGUUUAGCGGCAAAUGUGAAUUUUGUGGUAGGCUAUAUAAACCCUUUUUUUUCCUUCCCAGAAUUAUUUUGAUUUUUUUUCUUGGUUGUUUUAAAUAAAGGAAUAUCUUUAAAUUUUAAAAAAAAAAAUAAUUGAUUAUGGCGAACAUGAAUAAAAAAAACUAUUUUAAGAUAAAAUUGAACGGCAUAACAAUUUAAUUAAACUUUCUAAGGACUUAGCCUUAAAGAAGUUAAAUGCCUAACUCAGUAUAUCUGGAAAAUUGUUGGAAAUAAAUUUUUAUUUAAAGAAAAAUUGGUUGACGGAAGUCUUUUUGUGAUAGGAGUUUGAUAGAACAGAAAUAUUGUCGGAAGGGAUGUUUGUUAGAACAAAUUUCCGGUGACCAUUUCAGGUAUAUUUUGUUUCACUUAAAGAGUUGUGUCUAAAAUAAAUUCACUUAAACCCCUAUUUUACUCUGUGUUUAUUCAAUGCCAGGCAAUGAAAUCAAACCAUUCCCCACACUGGACCAACAGCUGUCAGAGCCACCAGAGACUCUUUACUGUUGUGAGGACUACAGAGAUUUUGUUGAGUUUGCCAUGACCACAGCCAACAGGUUUGUGAGAUGACAGGAUUAAUUGACUCACAUUCUGCAAUAAGUGCCACUAUAGCUUUUUUUUCACUCCUCUCCCUUGAUGUGGAUUUCAUGCUCUACUUUUUGAAUCAACCUUAAUUCGUUUAAUUAGCUAGUUGUGAGAGUGUUGGACUGCAAUAAACCUUUCAACCUUAAUGAGACAAAGAAAAUUAUUUUAAAUAAAACAGUAUAGGUUAAGCUUUAAUAAUGAUUAUACAGAAUACAAAUGUAAACGUUUUGGCAAUUGCCUUCAUUGUUUUGGGCAAAUGCCUUCAUUGUUUUGGGCAAAUGCCUUCAUUGUUUUGGGCAAAUGCCUUCAUUGUUUUGGGCAAAUGCCUUCAUUGUUUUGGGCAAAUGCCUUCAUUGUUUUGGGCAAUUGCCUUCAUUGUUUUGGGCAAAUGCCUUCAUCAGUUCAAUACAAAACAAAAUGCAUAUAAGUUUAAAUUAAAUUUACAUAUCAUAUUGAAAAAUCAAUAAAUCCUACCUAAAAAUAAAAGAGAAGAAUAAUAGUGGGUGAAAGAAAAAAAAAGUUCAUAAAAAUGGAAAGGAAGUGAAUGGAAGUAAAAUUUAAAAACAAAACAGAAAACAAGAUAAUGCAGCUAUGUAAAAUUGUGAAUUUGGUUUAUACCCUAUGGUGUCAACACACCAAAUCUUGUUUUUUAUUUAUUUUCCAUAUAAUUUCUAUCUGGUUUAUUACUUGCAUACAAUAUACCAGUAACUGCAAUGUCUAAAAUUCCAAAAUGGUGAGCACUAUUGAAAUGUUUGGAAACUGGACAAAAGGCUUGUUUGUAGAUGUUAUACAGGUGUUCUCUAAAAUGGUCUCCAAGGUGACAACCUGUCUCUCUUACCUAUGAUUUAGCACACUUUUUAUACUUUCUUAAUUUUAGUGUGGUAUUACAAAAGUCAGAUCUAGGGAGACACUUCAGGUAGGAUAGACUUUUGCUCAUGUCUUCUUUUUUUGCCACCACAGGUUGGAGGAGGAUGUGACCAAGAAAUCAGAGAUGAUCAGUGUCAAAGUUCAUGGCCAUCAUGGCAGCAAGCAAGCCAGAAAGAUGGCUAAAGAACAGGCAGUUCAAAGGUUAUUAACUUUUUUUAUAUAAAAGGAUUCCCUUUACUUUGCUCCAGAAGAAAACAGUGGGACAAAAAAGUAUGCAGUGAAAUAACAUUUUGGUGGGCUAUCAUUGUUCAAAUGGCAUAUUUGUAAAAUAUUUAAACAAAUAGGUAAUUUCUCAUUUCUUUUUCUACAACAGAAUGCAUGAAAGAGAGUUGCAGAGAAGACAACAGGAAGCCAGUGGAAUGCAGUCAAGUAUUUACCAACGUAAGUCUAACAAUGAUUUAAUUGGACAGGGUUAUCUUCUGCCUGAUUGGUUGCAUGUUCCGAUUGUUUCUCUGAUAAAGUAUUGAAUGUUUUUGUUAAAAUGGCUUAAAUUGAUUUUUUUCCCCCUCUUCCACAGGUUUUUAAAAAUUGUUUAAAUAUGUUUACAGUGUCUUUAUUUCAGCACAAAAAUAUUUUUUUAAGUGAGGUGUCUAUAAAAGCUGAAUGAAUUUCACACUGUGUUCUCAAAAUUGCAAUUUAAUGACAAAUUAAAUUCAGAUUCUCCAUUAAGUUCCAAGAUUGAUUAAGAUUUUAACUACAUUAGAAAAUUUUAACUAGAAAAAAAAAAUAUUUCAAUGGGGCAUUUUCUAUAAUUUACACCAUCAGCACAAAUGGGCCACUGAAUUUAUUAGAAGAUUUUAAAUUCUAAUUUUAUUCAUGUUUCUUGGCAAACAAUUUUUGUGAAGGAGAAUAUUCAGUUUUAUUGUUAAAUGAUUAAUAUGUUGUUAAAGAAAACAGCAACAAAUAGGCUCUAUCUCUCUCCAAAUAGUCUCUUCUUUCUUUCUCAUAAAUUUAUCAUCAAGACAAAUCCCAUGGUUGAUCUUGAAUAAUUUUAUACCAACACUCUUCUUCACAUUGGAACAGCAUUGUCUCUGCAUUAACUUUCACAUUGGAAUAGCAUUGUCUCUGCAUUAACUUUCACAUUGGAAUAGCAUUGUCUCUGCAUUAACUUUCACAUUGGAAUAGCAUUGUCUCUGCAUUAACUUUCACAUUGGAAUAGCAUUGUCUCUGCAUUAACUUUCACAUUGGAAUAGCAUUGUCUCUGCAUUAACUUUCAAGGGGGCGGGGGGGGGGGGGUUUGAUUCAAUGCCUUGGUUUGAUGCAAGUCAUUCCUGGACUCAAUUCCAACAAUCACUUGAUUUAACAGUAUGCCAGUAAUGUGUAACCAAUGGUAGGAAGUUGUAAAAAUAAAACUGCUGAUGUUUAUUCAGAUUCACGCAUGCUGCAGAACGAUGAUUCGGAUACAGGAGCAGACACAGUCGACAACCUGCAGCCAAAAAAAUCUAAAAAGAAAGAUGGAGAAACCAGUGCCACAAAGGGGGAGGUUGGAAAAGGGGAGAAAGGGGGUGUUUUAGGAGGGGAAAAGACUGCCAGAGGGGGUGGUGUCGAUGGUUCAAGCCGCACCUCGCAUCACCAUCCCUCAGGGAUGCACCCAGGAGCGGCUGCUGCAUCAUUCUCAUCCUAUGGAGGGGUGAACAUUGAAGGUUUGCACCAAGCCUACUGUUGUACAUUUAUAGUUUGUUUACACAGCCAAAAUGUUUGCUUGUUGGCAAGAUUGUAUUCAACUUUUCAUGGACAAACUUAUAGUCCAUAUUUAUUGCUUGUGUAAUUUAAGUAUGCUGCUUACAUUUCAAUUGUGGGUUGAAAUUCAUACUGGUGCAAUUUCAAAUCGCUUUAAUUUUUUUUUUUUAACUUAAUACAUUGCUUCUCUACCAAGAUAACUGAUUUUGAAUGCUGUAAUUCUUGCCUUUGUAUUAUCAUUAAUCAUAUUAUUUUUUGUUAUUUCUCCCCCCCCCCCCCCCCAACCCAAAAAAAUCAGUUGAUUUGGCAUCCUAAAUUUGUAAGAACAAAAGUUGUAGGAGGCCAAUUUCAUAUUAAAAUGAAACAAUUACAAUACAAAGGCAAUAUAAUUCAUACCAUUAUUAAUAUGAUUUAUUAAUCCCCAACAAAUUUUAAAAUUAUCUCUGUAAUUUAUUUGAUUGUUUUUUAAGUGUGCUGCACAAUAUUUAUUUAGCACCAUGACUGAUGCACAGCAAAUUUUGAUUGCCAGCUGCUAGUUGGAUUUUAAAAUGUUUUUUUGAUGUUUUUUUGUUUGUUUAGAAGAUGCCACCUAUUUGCUGAGUUGUGUUUUCUUGUAAUUUAGCUUUGUCGUGGUCUGUGCUGUAUUUUUUUGCUUUACAUUGUUUUUGAAAGAACAAAUAGUUAAAAGUGGUCUUUGUAAUGAUAUAAUGAGAUGUGCAUUUUUACCCAACAAAAGGGAUAUCUUUGAUCAAACAGCUGAAGAAAUAUUUAAAUGACUUUGAACUUUGAGCUGACCACUCUGAUCAAAUUCAAAUAUUAUGAUCUACUUGAUCAUACUGAAGAAAUAAUGAAAAUGAAAUUUAAUGAUUUAAAAAAAAAAAAUAUUUGUUAUGUCUUUAUAUAUUUUUUUCUUUAAAUGUAAUGCUAGUGACUUUCUUUUCUCAUCUGUUUCUACCAUAAAAAAUCUUGCUAGAGAUACCCCAAUCCACAAAUACCGCUCUUUAUAAUUUUAACAGAUCUCCUUUUUAAUCCUUUAAGAGAUCAUUAAAUUUUAGGGCUAAGUAAUUUAAGACAUUUCUGUGGAUAAAAAAAAUGUUACAGUAGCAUUGGUUGACUUGUGUGUAUUGAUUUUUAUUUUGUUUUUUUUUUGUAAAAAAGGGUUUCUAAUUAAUCAUUUAAUUUGACAUAAUUUUUUAAUAUUUAUGAUGGCAUUUUAAAAUCACUGGUUCGUCUGCUUUAUUAAUUAUUUAAACAAUUAUUACCUCGAAGACCAAAGAGCUGAUGCCUGUUAAAGUGGUGCAUAUCAAUAUAUUAUUAACAUAUUACAACAAACUCAUUAGAAAAACGAAUAACUCAUGACAAAAAGCAUGUCCUAACUAAUUAUGGCUCAGCUAAUUUUUAACACUGAUAUACAAUAUAGAGAAUGAAAACUUCUAACACAUUAUAAUUGAUUACUUAAAAUUAAAACUUAGUUCAAACUUAUAAUCUAAUAAUCAACAGGAAUCAUACAUUAAGCUGCUGAUCUAAUAUAAUACAAUUAUUUUAAGAUAAGUAUUUUUAAAAAUUAUUAACUAAAAUUAACCUAAAAAUAUAAUAAGUUUACUAUGGCUAUGAAUUAAAAUGAUUUUUGUUUUAAAUUUUAUUUUAAAAAAAACAACUUUUUAUAAAAAGACAAAUUUGAAAAAAAAGAAAUAAUUGAAAAUAGACAAAGAGUUGAUACAGCUGUAUGUUUUAAAAAAAAAAAAAAUGAAAUUGCAAUGCUUAAGAACAAAAUGAAAUAUAAUUAUCUGUCUUUUGAUAGAAAAAUUGAAUGGAAAAUUCUCUUUUAAUCUCAUUAACUUAAAGCGAGCAUUUCCCACUAUGAUAAUCCAUUGAUAGAUAAAUGUAAUAGUGAAAGAGUGCUGAUAUGGUGGAUCUUUCCCUUACAGUUGCAAGACAAAUGAAGACCAUCAACUAUCAGCUGUCAUCACAGCGGUGUCUUGAGGAGGGCUGGACACUGAGACCCCCUACCCCACUGGACCAAGAUGACGCUGAUAAUGAGAUUUUUAUGCCAGAGCCGCUUCAUCCAGCCAUGAUUGCAACUGGGAAGGUAAUACAUCAACGUUAAAGUAUUUUAAAAUGAAUGAGGAGUUUUAAACAGAAAUUUAUCUUUUCUUGUGCACGUUUGUGUCGCAUUUGACACCAAUUUUUAUUGUAUUUGACAUCAUUUAAUAAUCUUUGACACCAAUUUAUUAUUGUAUUUGACACCAAUUUAUUGUAUUUGACACCAAUUUAUUGUCUUUGACACCAAUUUAUUGUUGCAUUUGACACCAAUUUAUUACAUUUGAAACAUGAAACUGAUAUUUUGAAAUAUAAUACCUGUCGUAGAUGACAUUUAAGUGUUGAUCAUACCUAUAUAUUUUUUUAAGCAAUGUUAUGUAAACUCAUUUUCUUUUUCUUUUUUUCCCUUCCAGCUGCAGGGAAGACAACUGGUACAAAAGUUUUAUCCCAAUGGAUCAAAGUUCCUCACCAUUUUUCCAGAUGGCUCAGGAAAUGUUUUGUAUCCUUUUUAAACCAUCAUUUCUUUUGUUACUACAGCUUUAAAAUAAUAAUAAUCGGGAAUUCCCUCACUGGUAUCAUGUGACUACACAGUGUUCUUUUGUCUUUAUAAACACUACAAUUUAUGGAGAUGUUUUUUUGUAUAAAAUCUUCCAUCCAUAAUCUAGUGGUUCUCCCAUGGGGAACAUUUUUUAAAUUAAAAAUUUUUUUUUUUUUUUUUUUUACAUUCUGGAUUUAUUCCGGCAGCUUUAACUCAACCAGAAAGACUGUUGCUGCUUUUUCAUAGGCUCUUCAACUUCAAUGUGGCACAGAGUUGGAUUUAUGGAGAUGUUUUUUUGUAUAAAAUCUUCCAUCCAUAAUCUAGUGGUUCUCCCAUGGGGAACAUUUUUUAAAUUAAAAAUUUUUUUUUUUUUUUACAUUCUGGAUUUAUUCCGGCAGCUGUAACUCAACCAGAAAGACUGUUGCUGCUUUUGCAUAGGCUCUUCAACUUCAAUGUGGCACAGAGUUGGCUGCUGGCCUUUUGUUGACACAUUUGUUCUUUAAUUGCAUCCAUUUUUUUUUCUUCAGGUUCUCCCCUUGUUAUCAAUGUCUUGCUACUUCAGUGGUUGAGGUCUUUUGCUCAUAGUUUAAAUAGCUGGAUUCCUUAGCUAAAUCCAUUCUGCCUAAUCAUAUGUGUGUCAUAGUAGCAUUAAGUUAAAUGAUCAGGUAUUUUAGCGUCAGGUAUUUAUCUCUUGACCCCCACUUCAGUUACCCAUCUGGCCGACUAGCCAUCAUGAUUAUCUGCGUCAGCCUGGGACAGAACAUGUAUGUUGUGCUGGAUGAUGACCCAGACGCGCACAUUCUGGCCACAUUUGAACCAAGUGGAUUAGGAUGUUGCAAUUUUGCCAAUGGAAAAAUUAGGUCAGUCUGCCAAAAAAAUGGUGUUCUUGAAAUUUCAACAUGUAAUUUUGGAAAUUGAAUGCAUUAUUAGUUGUGUGUCAUAUGUUGUUUAUGAAAAGGCCGGGAAUGUUUGCUAAGGUUUUCAUAUAGUGGUCAUUCUCCAUACAAAUUUUAGUGUAGAAUGAUUUUUUUUUACUAACACUUAUGUGAGUAGGAGAAAUUCAAAUAAAUAUUACUUAACAUCCAUUUUCAGAAAUCAAUUUUUAUUUAUAUAUGAAAAAUGUUAUAGAGCAGUUUUACUAUCUGUAUAUAAGAAUUUGCAUAACUUUUAUUUUGUUAUCAUUGUGCAGAGUAAAUUAUGACCAACUGGGUGGUGUAGAACUUGAUCCGAUCGGAUCACGCAAGAAGCUGUGGAGGUGGCAAGAUCAAGAUAUCCACGUCCACGCUCCACCCUUCCAGCCAAUCACCUUCGGUAUGAACCGUUACAUCGCCAUACGUUUUAUGGCCCAGGAGAGCAUAGCCUUGACCCUGACAGGCAGAAACAGAAGUUGUAGGUUCAAUGUUGGAGCUAAACUCAAGGUCAGUAUGUCAAUGAUUGGCAGCUUUACUUCGGUUUUAGAAUACUCUCUAAUCUUCAUUCAAAUUAAUUUUUUUUUUUUUUCAAGUAUGAGACAUUAAAAUUAAAAGAAACUAUUUUGUUUAGAAUUCUGUUUGAGGUUAAUUGAGACAAAAAGACAUGUUUGUUUUAUUAACACCAUUUGAAAUACAUUUUUUUAUCUGUAUUAUUUAAUGAGUGAACAUGUCUCAGGAUGUUUGUUUGCCUUGCAGAUGAUUUAUUCAGAGGGCAUUCAGCCCAAACAUAUAAAUGAGUAUGAGUUGUUUGCAGAGGAACACAAGGUUAAAGUUGUGUAAGUAAUACUAUGUGAUAUUAGGGUUAAGUUUAGUAAAUUAUCAUCUUUGAAUAAAACUAAUACACUAGGGCUUAACGGGGGGGGGAGGGGGAGGGGGGGAUGUUUACACCGGGUCCAGGUAUUCUGAGAAAAUACCCGAUGGGUCCAAGUGUUACUAAAAAAAGUUAACUUUUCAUUUUCUAUAAUAUAUGCCAGCUAUUAAACAAUAGGCCUACAGAUAGUCUUACACCCUAACCUGCGGGCCUUUAAACAAUAGCUCUACAUACAGUCCUACAGAGAUUCCUACAGACAGUCCAACACCAUACCCUUGGCUCUUUAUUGAUAAAUAUAAUAAUAGUUGCCCUAGAAAAAAUCCCAGAGUUCAACCGCCACACAUGAAGCUCACUGCUUGACUGCUUUUUUUUUUUUUACUCAUAUAAAACAUGUUGAGUAGGGGGAGGGACAGUUGUGAAAAGGAAGCAGCCACACCAGAUGCAAAAAAUAUAUACAUUUAUGUAAAAAUAGAAUUUUUGUUGUUAAAAGAAAGAGCUUUUGAAGACUUUAGGGCUAAUUAAUAGUACUUAAGUAAAAAAAAAUUUUAAAAAACAUUUUGAGAUAAUCCGGUUCAAAUAUUCUUUUGGUAAAUAAAAUUUGAUCAUUCUUAUUUUUUGGCUUGUUGAGAUAAGGGACCUACAUACAUUUUAAUGUGUUCACAUUUAUACAUUACACUUGGCCAAUCGGACCGGAUACGGUCAGAGUUUAGGUUGACUUUGGGAAAAAUGUGACUUAAGCACUUCCAACACUUGCGCCUUCAUUUGCUUUUAUGUGCCCUAAGUCUUAAAUGCAGAUUUUAAAAAGGACAAAAAAACUUGAAGAUUAAAACCUAUGUUUGUCUUUUUCAAUUUCGACAUUGAGAUGUUUUUUUUUUUAAAGUUACAAAACAUGCAGACAUUAGUUAAUGAACAUCAAGUGUUCCUACAUUAGAAUGUCCCACAAGUAGAAGAUUUAUAACAAAAGUAAGCUCUCUAGGAUCAGGGUGAAGUUGGGUGUCAAAAAGGGGGCACAGUGAAUGGCAAGAAAACCCAAGAACCCACAGACAGCUGAAAGGAAACAGUCAAGUUAACUAAAAAGCUUUAAAAAGAUUAUUAUAUCAAAUUAACAAACAAAUGUAAGCAGCUUUAACAGAUCCUGUCUCUUGAACUCCACAGUGGCAUACUGGACAAAAUCGGAAAUCUCCUCAAGUUUCCAAAGUCUCCGAAGGUCGACUCCAUCCUCCCCCCGAUCUCGGUGUCGUCGCAGCAGCAGAAGGUGGACAAGAAGAGGCAGCAGUUCAUGUCUUCUCUGACCAAACACAAGAAACCCGGCAAGCAAACCCGAUUACCUCCCAUGGACCACCCCUCAGUGUCUGUGACUGUGAACUAAAAGCUGGCAAAACAUUGUGUUACUAUUCAAGCGAGCUUAAUGAGGAAAAUUGUGUUACUAUUCAAGGGAGCUUAACGAGGAUGUGAUACUAUUGCCGUGAGCUUAGCAAGAAUGGUUUUAUUCAUGGGAGCACAUCCAAGAUGUGUUGUUACAGUGAGAGAUACAACAAAGCAAAAAUGGUGUUUUUUUAAAAACUGUAAUUUUAAUAACCUCUGUUUAAUUCAUAUAUAAGAUUCACAUAUAAAUAAAUAAAUAAAUUAUUUUUAACAAAACUGUGCUGGUCUAUUGGUGAGGGAUGUCUGUGUAUAUUUCAUUCAACUGUAACAGCAUAGAUAAAAAGUCAUGCACCGUACCAGAUUUUUUUUACUCUAUUAUUACUUCAUGGUUCUAGAUCAAGUAAUGAAAUCUCGUCCAGUCACUGUGUGAGGCGUUAAAUGGGGAAUUGAAUGUGUAAAUUUUAAUAACUGUCUUUGCGUUUGAUCAGGGGGUACACAAAGUCUGGUCCGCUGGCCAAAUCGGACCCAUGAGGUCAUUCCAGCUGGCCAGCUGACAAUUUCUGCAAUUGCAUUAAAAAAAAAAAAAUUAUUUUUAAAGCAGUGUCUCAAGCGUGUCGCAAAAUUUAAUAAAUUGUACGUUUAAAUUAGUCGGUCUUGCAAGUUAUUUUAAGACAUUCAAAAAGAAAUUGAUUUAUCACUGCAUAAUUUAUCUGGGCCAUUUCUGUGUUCAAAACUGAACAUGAAUUUUGAUGAAGUUACAGCAACGGUCAUAACAAUAUCAAUGUCAAAAUAAUCGCUGCGACAUCAUCUGUUUCUCAUAGACUCAUGAGAACAGCAAGGUGAUGUGCUUUUGCAAAAUGAUGUAAUACGUCAGUGCAAACAAAUAAUUUUGGAGCUGUUCUAGAUACUUCGUGAGAAUGUGAUUUUCAUAGAAAUUUGAAAAUUCAUAGAGGGCUGUUAAAAUUGUGGAAUUUUAAAAAAAACUAUGGAAAAAGUGUUAACCGUUGCUUUUUUUAUGGUGGACAUUCACGGUAAACUUAACAUUUUGCUACACAGUAAGACAAAGAAUGUCAUGGAGUUUCAACAGACAUCAGACAUGCCAUUCUUUACAUAAACAGAACAAGUCAAUAACUUUUUUUUUUUUAAAAUGUGACAAUGCACAAAAAUUAAUCGGACACUUUGCGUCGAAUUUAC